UUGGUGACUCCGUCUGUGGAGAAGAAGAAGAGACGGAGUAAACGAAGCAGAACCAGACUUUUUAUGGAAGUUAGUAAUUAGAUAAAAGUGGUUCAAUUGUUUAAAAGAACGGUCAGAUAUUUGACAACUUCUACUAUUAAAGUUCAUUAGUACUUAAUGUUACAAAUACUACAUUUCAUGUACAACUCAUUAAGUAUCAGCUUUGUGUAGUUAAAGUAUCAACAAUAAGAGAUGUUCAACCAGAGAGUUAGUUUGCUUAAGUAUAUCUAUACUGUGGUUUAUAUAUAUAUAUAUAUAUAUAUAUAUAUAUAUAUAUAUAAACCACAGGAGAAGUCAGCUCGUCUGUAAGUCUUUUUAAACUGUUGUGCUCCUUUCACACGGCGGCCCGGUCCCCUCCGGAUGUGCUGUGGAUUCAUUUAUAGAUCCAGACAAUCAAAGGUUAUUUAAAACUCGUUGGGCAAAUGACCCGUGUGCCCUGCUGCUAACAGGAAGCAGCUUCUCAGCUUAAUACUAUAGUAAUAGUACUCAUUUUACUCACUAUUUGUCUCUCUGCAGGACACCUCCUGAUACUACUACUUCUAGUACUACUACUACUACUGAUACUUUUCCUAGCAUGGAUGCUUUUGGUACUGGUACUACUAUUACUACUGAUACUACUACUACUACUGAAAUUGAUACUACCUGUACUACUACUACUGAUAUUACUACUAUUACUACUGAUACUACUAGUAGUAUGACUGAUACAUUUCCUAGCAUGACUGCUUUUGGUACUGGUACUACUAGUACUGAUACUCCUACUACUGGUACUGCUAGUAGUACUUCACCUCCAGCCAGGACUCCUGAGGACGGGCCAGACGAGGAGCAAGCAGGAGAACAACAAGGAGAACAAGAAGAAGCUCCAAGUGGAACCGAGGAAGCUCCACCCACCUCUGUGCUUCUGUCACAACCAACGAAGAAGAAAGUCCUGUUGGCUCCGGCUCUCAGCCUGUCGUUAGGUCGCAGUGAGUCCACAGUCUCAAGCGACUUCCCCUCCACCUUCCUCUCGCCCCCCCCUGAGGACGACGAUGACGUGUGGCUGGACCUCAACCUGGACGCCAUGGAAACGCCCUCCGACAGCGGCUCGCUGCCCUUCCCCAUCUACGACCCGGAAGAUGACAUGCAGCGCCUCGGCGUGGCGUCCCGGCGGCGCCGGCCGCCACGGGACCGCGGCCCCCGGUCCAGGUUUGACUUUCAAGGCGGUUCUGGAGAAUCGGACCAAAGUGAGCCGGCAGAUCUGGAGCGGGACGACGUGGUGGACGGGGACGGCACCAGGUGGCGCUGCUUCUCCGGGGGCGACCCGUCCCAGGAGAGAUGGGUCAACAUGAGCCUGCUGGAGCCGUUCCUCAGGGUUCUGUCCCACGGAGGUUACUACGGAGACGGAAUGUACGAUGUCAUCUUGUUUUCUUCCUGCUACCUGCCGCAGAACCGUCUGGAGAACUACCAGAAGGUGAUGGACCACCUGUUCAGGUACGUGGUGGGGACUCUGGACCUGAUGGUGGCAGAGAACUACGUGAUGGUGUAUCUGUGUGCUGGAGGUCAGAAGGACAACCUGCCGGGAAUCAGCUGGCUGAGGGAUGGCUACACCACCAUCAACAGGAGGUUGAGGAAGAACCUGAAGGGUUUCUAUGUGGUUCAUCCAACCUGGUACAUCAAAGCACUCAUCACCAUCAUCAAACCCUUCAUCAGCUCUAAGUUCAGAAGGAAGCUCCACUUCGUCGGCAGCCUUCAGGAUCUUGGUGAGCUGGUCCCGUCUGAGCAUGUGCAGGUCCCAGACUGCGUCUCACUGUUCGACCAGAGUCUGAGCAGGUGAAGCAGCACCUGGAGUCUCCUCAUGGUCUCAAACCAUUUCAGUUCACUUUGAGCAGGAAUGAUGUUUCUCCACCGGCCGUGACUGUGCUCAUCUUCAAUGACCAGCAUAUAUGUCAUUAUUACUAUAUUUUAUUGUUAUUAUUUUUUACAUGUUUGUGUGAUUGUUUGUUUUGGAACAUUUAGACACUGAAACGGCUCGUUGUCGUCGACCUGCUGAGGUCUCGCUUCGCUUUCGUCGUGGUCGAUGCAGCUUCUCGAUAGAAGAUCUGCGCGUGUCCAGUCAGUGUCACGGUUUGGGUCUGCUCUAUGUCUUAUUUUGUAGUUUUCAUGUCUCUUAUGUUCCUGGGUAACUUCACUUCCUGUCUUCCCUUGUGAUUGUCUGCCGUGCCGGAUCGUUUCCACCUGUGUUCAAUCACCUGCACCUUGUGUAUUUAAGCCUGUGAGUCUCUGGUCUUGUGUGGCGUCAUUACAUGUCGACCCGUCCAUGUGUAAGUCAAGUCUGUGUUUUCAGGUCCUUGUUUGUGUUUCUUGGUUUUUGUUUUUGCCUCCUUCCUGUUUUUUUGGUUGGAGUGAUUUUGAGUUCGAGUUCUUUGACUAUUAAAGUCCUUUUAUUUUGUUCAUUAA